AUGUACCCGCGCCACAUAACCUCGCGCCGUGGUUUCCACCAAUCCGCGCCUUCUGCCCGCAAAGAACGCUCAGCUCCCAGCGUGGAAAGAAACGACAGGAAGCGGUGUCUCGCACGUGUCAUCCUGCAUCCAGUAGGCGGGUUUCGGCCACAUUGCAGCAUGAAGCUCGUUUGUCUUGUAUGUGAGCAACUUGUGAACGUGGUCUCUGCGGUGGAAUCGUCCGCUAGCGAUCAGCAGAACGUCCGCACUAUGAGCAAAAGUGAUCCCCAUGCAGAUGCUAAAAACACGUCUUUCGCUGCUUCUAACAAAGCGCUUUCGACAGGACAGCCAGAAAAGAGAACAGGAACAAUAGCAGAGUGUACAGACGUAUCUCGCUGCAUUGUGUGCGAUGGAAUGUACCACACAGCAUGUCUGAUGAAGUUGGGUCGCGUCUCAGACCAUUUCGAAACAGCGCUAGGAGCGCCAUUUACGUGCGUCAAUUGCUAUCCUACGACAAACACAUGUACCGGGAAAAGUGAACUUGACGUGGUGAAAGAGACGCUGCCGAUUCUGGUGCCAGCGCUGGCUUUUCCAUACGUCAGGAGGUCUCGACACGCUGGCAAAGCAAAAACUGGGAUAAUUACACGUGGAACCGCCGCGGCAAAGGACAGAUGUGAGGAUGAAGAUGUGUACAACAGUAAUAAUAGCAGCUGGAGAGUGUUCUCUACUCUAGUGGAGGUGUGCACGACGUGCCGACAGGUGCAUAUUGCGACAAAAGAGACGACCAGUUGUCGUAAGUGCCACAGUACUCGGCUGCAUCGACGCUGUGUGGAGAGUUAUCGAGGUGAACGUGGAUCAAAAAUAAAGAGGAAAAGGUUGUUUCGUGGAUCGAGUCGAAAGAGACGCAGGGCUUCAUCGGAUACAAACUUGUUUGAUUGGUGUGCUUCCUGUUUGGUAAAACAUGGCAACCAGCAGACAACGCAACUGAUUCGUGGAUCCGUUGAGACCCGCACGAUUGCACUGCUGGUAAAUGAAGAAGAUAGUAAAACAGAUAGAGAUGUGGAGUGGUGGAACAAGUGCAGCGUAUGUAUGGCGCAUUUUUGCCUGCAAGACUUUUGCGAUCCACAAGAAAGUGACGCAAGUGUGAGAGAAAUUUUACAGAACUCUUUACUGGACGAAGACUCAGUAGAAGGUUGGUGCUGUGUGCAUUGCGCACCGUUCGCGGCAAAUACACUCGUGACGGUGCUGAUUUGUGAUGGGUGCGAUAAGGAAUUUGAUAUGGCGGAAUUGAACCCUCCUAUUGUGGAGGCUCCUGAGGGUGACUGGUUCUGUUCUGAAUGUAGCAGCGAUACAUAUCCAGCUGGAAGUGCAGUUGUACGUGCAGCUAGUCCAGAGAAUUUGGCAACAGUCUGUAUAUGCGGUGGAUGCAAAGGGAAACUUGAUAUGGCCAAUGUGCACUCACUACCUCAACGUAAUCAAAACGGCGACUGGUUCUGCAGAAACUGUGUGACCGAGACAACUGACUCUGCUUUAACUAAAGCCGCUAACGACUCGCCCGUGCCACUUGUUCCCAUGACGCUUUUGAUUUGCGAUUUGUGUGACGACGAGUUUGAUAUGACGGUACUAAAUCCACCGUUAUCUGAGGUGCCAAGCGGUGACUGGUUUUGUCCAGCAUGCACUUCUAUCAAGAGCGGUUAUCAUCUAGACAAGAGAGGCCGCCAGGAGGCAAACCGAAGCACAACUAUGCGUGAUCGUACAAACAAACAACAGUCUGAGCCACCAGGACAGCUUGCGCUUCUCUCCCGGCAAAGUGUGACCAAGACACACUUACUUUGUGACGGCUGUGGUCACGAGUUUGAUUCGCUGACUUUGCAUCCUCCUUUGCUGAAAGUGCCUGAACGUGGGUGGUUUUGUCCGGCAUGCAGCGAUACCUCUGCGGCAGCAUCAGCGGUUGUAAAUGCGUGUGUGGGUUGCAAUUAUAGGUCUCGUACAGGCGGCAGUGCUGUAAAUCACGUACACCCCAAGAGCGGAUACGCGAGCGAUAUGGUGCUCUGUGAAGUUUGCCGCAACUUGCAAGCUAGACAUGUACCUUGUGAGCAGUCAUUAGUCACCGCUACUGUCAGUAACGAGUCAAACAUCGUAUUACCGGUGACAGCUGGAAGAAAGCGUAAUGGAGUAUGUGGAGUGGAUGCUAGCCACGACAACCCUAAGAAACCCAAGACAUAUUUUUCUGGCCCACCUGUGACCGAUGGCAACUCGGUUGUGGUUCAGCCUACUGGUCAUCAUGCAUCAAGAAAUGCGUCCGUAGAGGACAACGCUGGUCCAAGCUUGCACAUUCCGAGGCCAAUUACUCUGAUGGCGUCUUCUGUUGGUCUGAAAAAAGACGAAUUGAAACCCAUCAGCAGUGGAUGGAGUUUUGCUAACUUGACGCUAAUUACUGCAAACCCGAACGACAAGUACCUUUUCGAGAAGAUUGUCGACACCAGCGAAACUACAAUUAUAAUAAUAUGUGAUAUCUGCUUCGGAGAAUUUAAGAUGUUGGACGCGAUCGGCACCAGUAGGGCAAAUGCAGUCCCUGCUCGUCCAUGGUUUUGCAAGCCUUGCCUUAGAGCCCUCAAGCGAGGCAGAAAAAAGAGACCGCGGUUUUCGAAGCAGAUGGUGAUGGAGAUGCAAGUCCAUGGUCGUCUCUUGCGCGCAACGUCGGCAAAAGUUUCCGAUCUUGAUUUCGUCAAGCGUCUCAAAAUUCCGCUAAACUCGCUCGAAGAACGGCGUCAGAUGUAUGAGCUCAUCGGGAAAAGUGUGGGUGUGUUCUUGCAGUGGGAUGAACAAUGGGUGAUGGGGCGUGUCAUGGCGUUUCAUGCAACACACCCUGCUAUGCACCAUACCAUUUGCUGCGAUGAUGGUGUGGUCAUGUCGUUGCCCCUGUACGCGUUCCCGCUGGUCAUUGGUACGUGCACUAUACUUUACGUUAAGGUUCCAGCACUGCAAAACCAGUGGUGGCCGGCCCAAGUAUUGUGCCUCAAUGCUCUUGCACGAAAAGUACUCCUUCCGUCAAACGUUGAGGCGACUGAAGCUGACGCACAUUUUCGUUUCGUUCGAAUAUUUACGAAUACUGGAGGGCAAGUAGAGAUGACACCGUACGUGUCGUGUUGGGUCCCCAAAUAUCUCUGUCGGAGCAUGAAACGAUUCAACCCGCGAUUUUCAAGUGUUAUAGGAACGACUAAAAUGUCAGAAAAUGCAGAAGGUCCGUUUCAAGAGUCAGUGAGAAGGGCACAAAAGGAGGCGCAACUUGAGAUCGAGUGCCUCGACCAGGCCUUUCAAACAUUGCUAGCCGUAUUUCGACGAGCGUUGGCAACUUCUGCGUCUGCGAAAUCAGAUGUUAGACGCCGCUAUGAUCAAAUCGUCGAGUCAAUGGUGGGUAAAAUCAUUGUCGUCACAUCUUCGGGGUCGUGCAACCUAAUACCGGGAACAUUUGCAGUCAAAAGGUUCGAUAGCGAUGCGGGGAAACACGUCAUAUCACCUCAUAGCGAUACGGUUGAUGCCGACGAUAGCAAUGUCGAGAUCGUGGUCGAUCUGCUCCAAUGUGCUGGUGGUGGUAUUGUGUACCAUUUUAACGACACCCGCGCGUUUAGUGAGCUGGCGAUUUUGCUCGAGCUGAGUGGUUUUGGUGUGGGCGGAGGCAUCUCUGGUGACUUUCACUCCAAAGAGCUUCUGGAAAGAGCCAUUCUUCAAGAAUCUGGCAUGCUUCGAGACUCAGCUGACGCUGCUCGGAAACGUAACGAAGAUCGCAUGAUGAAUCCGUGCAGUCACUGUUUGAUAGGUCCAGACGAGUCCCGAGACGAUAUCGAUACACACAGUGCAGUACACAGUCGGGACCAUGCGGAAGAAAUGAUAGUGUGCGCGAAAUGUAAUCGAUGGUUCCACAAAACCUGCUGUGAUCCGCCGCACGCACCGAUAUCGCUCGUGCACCCGGACGACGGACAGGUACUAGCAACGGAUCUGAAUAUACCGUUUGUGUGUAGUGAUUGCACGGUGUGCUCAGGUUGCCUUGCGAAGAACUUUGAAGGACCACCUCAAACCGAGGCGCUCUGCACCAGCGAGAAAACGAUGCUGAAUGGUGAGCAAGAGUGUCGCACACGAUGUUCUCAGUGGCGGCUUCCAUUACGGGCCGUUUCUCUUUGCUCGAAGUGUAUUCCUUACUACAAAGCCAAUCAGUAUUGCAGUGUUUGUGAUGUUGUCUACAACGACGCACAACUAGCAACUAGCAUAAAAAUGCUGGCAUGUUCGACAUGCCAUCAUUGGAUUCAUGCUGAUUGCGAACCGGACCCGCACCCAGCUUUUCACGUGUUCAACAGCACCGACGACUUUACACUAGAUGUCAUGACGGACGUAUUCGGCAAUCCACCUGAUGCGGUGGCCGAUUUUCAACACUCUAUUACUACAGCGAACCGUGAAACCGACAUCAAAUUGACAUUGUAUGCUAAUAGCCCUGGUGACAGCCAAAUUGCAUCAGAUCACGAAACACAAUUGAACGCGUUGAACUCUGCAAGCAAAGAUGAUACAGUUGCCAAGAGUGCCAAGCAGGUGGAAGAAGAUGUUGCCCGUUUGUUGCAGUUUGGAGGUGAGUACGAUCCGAGAGUGUUGCAUAAUUAUGAGUGCCUAACGUGUCGCAAGAUCCGUAUGCUGCACAUCCUUUAUCGCCUGGAUGCCGAAGAUAAGCUGGAUUUGUUCAAGGAACCAGUGACCGAGGCAAUUGCACCUACCUAUUUCGACGUCAUUAAGUCACCUAUGGAUUUGAGUACUAUGCGGCAGAAAGUCAUUGAAGGGGGGUACGGAUCUGUCAAUUUUUGUGGUUUUCGGGACGACUUUGAGCUCAUGUGCCUGAAUGCGGUAACCUUCAACUCGAAGGAGCGCGACUUCUUUAUUUGGCGUGAGGCUUGGCGGUUCUAUGGCCAAGGACAGAGAAUAUUUAGACAAAUAGCACCCAAAGCACGAAUGAAGCAUCGCGGGGGACGCUUUUACGAUGCUCUGAUAGUCGCCGCGAAGCGGCAGCUACCCAACAAUUCUGCGCUUGCAGGCAAAACGCAAUCUAAUAGAGAUUCAUUCGAGAAUGGUGAAGAUUGUUGCGGCAAUGAGGAUGAUGAUGACCUUGAUGACGAUGAGGACGGCGACAACGGCUCGGAUCCAGGACCGGAUGCAUCUAGCGGGGGAGCUAAGAAUCGUGAAAUUGUUGGUAUGCCGAAGAGGUCGGCUUGCAAGCAUGUUUCGGACGCUGCAUCUGUUCACAAGAGCAAUGGAAGCGGCAUACUUCUCAAUUCCACGCGACAAAAUAAACAAAGCGGAUUCGUCACUGACGUCGCUCUUUCGUCGACAGCAAACAGCACAACGUCAGCUGCCGUCUCGGCACUGGCUGAGCACCUUGCUGACCCAAACGACUUACUUGUUUUCCAGACCAAGCUCCGUGUCAGCAGCUUCAUCUCGCGUAUACCGCUUUUUCAGAUCACACAGACCCGCGCAUCAGCUCAUACCUCCAGCUGGCUAGAUAUGUGCAUAGUGUGCGGCAGCACAGGACUCCAAGGUGACUUUGUCUUUUGUAUAGACUGCGGCGAAGGCUUUCACUCGUUCUGUAUACCAGGAAUGAGGGCUGCUCGUAUGGAAGGCUGCAAACAACUGCAUCCUUGUUGGCGCUGUCUCAACUGCAAGAUUUGUCAGAUAUGUGGUCGAUCUGGCACUGUUUGCGUACCUGACGAUUUGCGUAGUCGUGCUGUUGCUACUGCUGGAAACGUGGAUUUCCUACUUCCCGCUACGCAAGUGACUGAAGGAGCGAUGGAUCUGACGCACGAGUUAUCUGGAAACGAUUCACUUGUGCUAUGCGCUCAUUGCGAUCGUGGCUAUCACGGAUUAUGCUUAGUUCCGUCCAUUAAAUUACCUACGGCUUGUAACAGAAACGACGGCAGCAGGGAGGUUCCUACUAUAUACUGCUCGAGCUGUGUGGCGUGCACAAAGUGCAAGGUUGAUUCAGGGGGCAGCAUCGAGUCUCUGAAGUCUGGAGAAACAAAGAAUAACCACGCAGUGGCACUGGAGCGCACUUAUAGUUACGAGCGAAGCAAGUGUUUGCAUUGCCACAUUUUCAAAGAAAGUGAAGAAGAAGCACAAAAGGGUCGUAUCAGACUAUUAGCGGAAGUCUGGAAUGCAGCAGCGCGCGUACGCAAGAGAGAUGCAGAGAAGUGCCCGUUAUGUCGACGCAAGUGGAAUGCUGAGUUUGAGGAGCUCAUGCAGUGCGAUGCUUGUGAACACUGGGUGCAUCCGUUCUGCGAUGAGAUGCUGAAAGUGGAGCCACAGCGCUACCACACUCUAGUGAGUAGCCCUGAUGCGGUGUACGUAUGUGCCGCUUGUCGUCCGCAUGAACGUAAGCAUAUUGCCGACAGGUUCUUUUCUGACGCUGACAGCUGGCGCUGUCAAAUCCUUCUUGCCGAUAUUCAGCGGAGGCGCUUGCAAUGUCAUUCAGGUUGGAAAGAAACUCAGAUGCAGUUGGAACAGGUUGAACACUGGAAACGUCUAGCUGAAUAUACUCCUGUCUACCUACACGUGCUGCGCCUGGGUGAAGAGUGUCUGCGAGACUUUGCUUAUCAAAGCCUUAGCUUUCAAAGUGACUGGUACCGUGCUACGAAGCAGCAAGAACUCGAUAAACGCGGAGUCUCUUUGCCGGAGUGGAUACUGCGCAAGGCAAGUCGCUAUGUGCGGUUCAAGAGGUAUGUGCGUGGGCCGCGUGCAGCGGCUCGGCGUCGCAAGCAAAAACUUGAGAGCUGUCACGCAAAGCAAGCUGUUGAUGUAAACACCCACAAGAAUGCAGGUGCCAUCUAUACAAUUGUUUCUGAAGCUGCUAGCUGUGCCGCUUUCCUGGCAUGUGUGCAUGUGCUGUAUGGGUGGCGGCCGCUACCUGAGGUUGUUAUUCAUAUGCUGUCAAGAGAUGAGGAAUCUGGUGCUGGAGUAAAGCAUCGAAAGCUGGACAUGUCGCUUCUGAGAUGUGCGCAGGCUGGUGGAAAUGCUCAUGUUGGGGAAGUAGAAUCGAGGCUGAAGUUGGAGAAGGAAAUCGCAGCCAUCAAGGAUCAGCACGAUCGUCGCAUAGCCAUGGGACGUCUCGCAGAUAAAUCAUCGGUAGAAUCGACGACGCGUGAUUUCGGCGAUCGUGCAAGUGGCCCUGCAACUUUGACGCCAACUCCGCCGAGCGGAGAAACGAACUUUUCUACAGCUAGCCAUAAUGAUGAUGUGUCGAAGGUGGCAGGGUCAGCUCAAUGUAUGACUGAAGUCAAUACACAUGUCGUCGCACCUGCUUCUCAUGGUCAAGCGUGGAAGUCGCCAUUGUCAGUAUCUUUGUCGCGCGACAGCAGCGGUAUGAUGAGUUGCACGGCAUCUGCAACUCCACUGCGAGGUUGGCUAACCACACGCGUUGAAGAGGCGAAUGGCGGCGUAUCCCCGGAAACAUCGACGACUGUGGUAUCUGAAGACGAUCGAUUUUGCGCGCUGUGUUUUAUAGUCGGUGAUAACACGGCGUGCGGACGAUUGCUCUACACCGACUUUGACACUUGGGUUCAUGUAAAUUGUGCGCUAUGGUCCAUGGAGGUAUACGAGGGCGAGUCAGGUGUGUUGCACAAUUGCAGUAAGGCAAAACACCGCAGUCGUCUCAUUCGCUGCGAUGGAUGUGGACUCAUGGGCGCAACAAUUGGUUGCGCUGUUCCUCGCUGCACGACACACUAUCACUUUCCAUGCGCACUGGAUGCUGGAGUUGCCUUUUUGCCUAACGGAGAAACUUGCUGCCCCAUUGCAACGCAUUUGGAUAGUGUGGCACGGAGACUAAAAGCUAUGAAUGGCGGGUCGUUAGCUUCAGCAGCAGUGGUUUACGGUGCUGAGUCGAAGGUAGAAGUUGACUCGCCAGUAUGUUCGGGGAAAGAAAAAACAAGUGCAACAAAAGAUGAUGUCAGAACGGACGAUGAAACAAGUGCGACAACCGUUGGCGCAAGUCACAUGGAGGAUUUAGAUUUGCCAAGGUCUGCAGAAGAAGAAAGAAAAGGGUACGACAACCCAAGAGAUGCCGGUAGCAGUGCCUUACUUGGUGAGGGCGCAAGAGAGGCCAAUGCGCUACUUGUCACCGACGAUAGUGCCAGCAGUAAUGCGAUGACAAUGUUUACUGGUGAGAUGGAGGAAGAAAAUGUUUUGGACAGGAGGAUUAGCGAUGACGCAUCUCGAAAGGCUCAACAAGACAAGUCGAAGUCAAAUAACGGAAGUGCCAAGGCGAAAUUACCGAAGCAUGCGCAGCAUGUGCUGCCUGUUAUCAAUCCUCGAACAGAACCGCGAAGAUGCCUUGUCAGUGAUCCACCGCUUUUGACAGCGUGGGACCUAAAGAAGAAGAAGCGCGCGGAACUCAAACGUGGCAUCAAGCCACGACCGAUGUGCUACCGUGUUGGUGCGCUGACUGUUCAUUCUCUUGGGCACAUUUUCGUCGGCAACGGAAGCUUUCAUUCACGAACGGCCAUUUAUCCGUUAGGCUUCCGUAGUACGCGUAUCUUCUGGAGCACGCGCAACUUGGGAACACGCUGUCUGUACGAAUGUGUGAUUUCUAGCACUGAGAUUGAAGGUCGACACGCUCGGCAAACGAGAGUGAUGGAAGAUCAGGCUGCAGGCAGUGACCAGAUUGAAGACAGCGAGUGCGAGCGACCGCAGCAGAAACCACGGGCAGUGUUCAAAGUCACAGCUUCUGAUGACAAGGGGCGGCCAAUUGUUGCUUUCACACCUGAAGCUGCGCUUGUCGAGCUACGCAGUCGCGUGGCAUCACUGUACGAAGAGCAGCGAGAUUCUUCUGCUAGUUCCCUGCACGUUGGUCAGAGCGCUACGGUGGAGAUGGAGCCGAACCCGUUUUUGAAACGCAGUUCGUGGCUCUCUUUUGCAUUGAGAGGUGACUUCUUUUUUGGCUUUGGACUACCUGAAAUUGCCCGCCACAUCGAAGAGCUCCCCUAUGCUGCGACUACAGCCAUCAACCGCCGUUCCGUCGUGAAGAAGCUCCGACAGCAGCAGCAACGUCAGGGGCAGAGUCCGUUGGCUGGGUCCGCGGCAGCAACUUGGAGAUCUGAUCUGCGAAAGAGAAGCUUUGAGACAAUGGAGCAAAGUGCGGCAGGUGCAGCAGAUGUGGUCGAGGCAAUGAUAGAAGAUACUGAAGAAGAGCAAUGUUACGAGUUUGCGCAUGAGCUUCCUUCUGUCAAGGCGUUCCAGGCGGCGGAACGAGUGAUGGAGCAGUUGGUCCAGGCUGAGCAGCGUGCACGUCGAUCUUCCGGGUGCGCACGGACCGACGGCUUUUCCGGUAACCGCCUUUUUGGCACGCCAAAGAAGCGAAAAACAAUGCCACGGCGCCAAGUGCUCAACAAAGAAGCGAGCAACGAGCCCGCACCUGGAGUUGCAAACAGUGGGAGUACAGGCAAUGGGACUGCUAGUACCGGGGCCGUGGCAAUGGACAUUGAGCACCUACCGAUUACAAUGCAGUAUCGGGAGUUACGUCGUCGACCAUUUGACGAGCGCAUGUUGGUGCGCAAGUCGUCAAUCCAUGGCUAUGGUUUGUUUUUGAAAGAACCUGUGAACGAAGGACAGAUGAUUGUCGAGUACCAGGGCCAAAUAGUGUGUCAACUCGUGGCCGACGCUCGAGAACGUCGCUAUGAGGAGCAAGGGGUUGGUAGUUGCUACAUGUUUCGACUGGAUGAGAAGACGAUUAUCGAUGCCACGCGUUGCGGUAACCUCGCUCGUUUUAUCAACCACUCGUGUGACCCCAAAGCUUUUGCACGUGUCGUCGCGGUAGAAGGUGGUGAGAAAAAAAUUGUGAUUUUUGCCAAGCGUGCAAUUGCGAUGGGGGACGAGGUGACGUACGAUUACAAAUUUCCGAUCGAAGACGAAGCGAUUCGCUGCGACUGUAACGCCACGAAUUGCAUUGGACGAAUGAACUAG